AUAACUGGAAAAUCUCUCUCGCCUGAGCAAACAAAGUAUCUUCACUCUUAACUUCUUCCAUGGCGUCCGUUCCUGCAUAUCGUGAAGCCGGAGGGUCAAGAACCGGCGGGAAAAUUGUUCGAGCUAGGCGAGCUUGGAGUAGGAAGACUCCUUAUGAACGUCCUGGACUUUCGAAUUUGGGCCCUGGAGGAAACCCUAGUUGGAUCUCCAGGUUCAUUUUCUCGCCUACUCUCACCAUUGCUUCCGGCGCCGGAAAGUUUCUCUCUUCUGUCUUCAUUUCCGAGUCGUCGUCCUCCUCCUCCGACAGUGAUUCAGAGGAUGAUGUCGAAGAUGAUGUUCAUGAUGACAAUCGUGUCUUCCAGGGAAAUGGAGUGAAGAAGAGCGGGACAACAGAGAUGGUCAAUUCAUUUAGGGACUUUCCUCCAGAGAAGAAAGAUAGCAAGCGUCUAAUUGAACAGCUUCUGAUGCAGGAAACCUUCUCUAGGGCAGAGCGUGACAAGUUAUUUCAGAUAAUUGAAUCAAGGGUUGUAGAAUGUCAAAGCAUUGAAGGAGAGGCUGCAGGGCGGCUAACUGAGCUUUCAAACAAAGCAGUUGAUAGCGAUGAUGGUGGGUCUGCAGUCUGCAGCACAGCAAUUCUUGAGGCGAAAACAUGGUUGAAUGAAAAACGAUUAGGAUUGUUGGGGUCUAGUUCGCCAUUGGAAUUGGAUCAUGGGCCAUGCACCUUGAAUUCCACGAUGUUGCCAGUGGGUAAUGAUGAAGAGACGGGUUCACUUGUAGAUGUAGCCAAAUCAUACAUGCGAGAACGCCCUCUAUGGGCCUCUCCUUCUGCGAAUAAUUUUGAGUUUAAGUCUCCUUCACCAUCAAGGUUACAGCUCUUCAAAGAAGAAACAUCAUUUUCAGUUAGUGGAAACCCACUUUCUUCAUCUAAGAUCAAAAGGGAAUCUCCUGCCAGUGGAUCAUGGAACAUCCAAGAGGAAAUACGACGCGUGCGAUCAAAAGCAACCGAGGAAAUGCUACGAUCCCGCUCAUCUGCCAAGCUUGAUUGGUCUUCAUUUGCUUCAGACUACAAAGGUAAUUUGAGUUCUGCACGUUCAGACUAUUCGAAAAUUCACAGUGAAGAUAAAACGCAACAUGCUGUACAGUCGAUAGAUAAAUCAAUAAAUUGGUCUGCAGACAUUUCUGUCACUCAUGACUUAUCAGAGUCAAAGAUCAUACAAGAUGUGCCAGAAAAUGGAGCUUGCUUACUUGGCUCAGCCAGCACUAUUCAACAACAGGAUAAGGAUUUUGAAUCCAAUCCUACCAAUGAGAGGAAAGCAUCAAAUUCAAGUUUAGAUGAGAGAGGAUACUCUACAGUCCAUGGAGUUGCGGGGCUGGCCAACGGUCUUCCGUCGUUACCUAGUUCCACUGGGGAGCUUGCUGUAGAAGAGAACCAUGUCGACAAGAUAGUUGAAGAAAGCAAUUCAUCAGGUCACGACCAUGAGGCAAAAGGGCUGCCUGUUAAGGAACGAUGCGAACUAAGUGAAGUGUCCAUGGAGGUCCCAAACACGAACGACGCUGAUGCCACCGCCGAUAAAGUUCCAUCAGAAGGAAACCAUAAUGGUAGCAAGGAAAAAAACGAUGCUGGUAAUAACGUUAAUACGGUAGAGAAGCCAAGUACAGAGAGCAGCGUAGCAGCGGGGAAGACGAGUAGAAUGGCUUACCUGCGACGAGGAAGACGAAGAAACUGAAGGGGGAAAAACAGGAAGGUAGCUUGUGUUGGAACCUAAUAUUGGACAUAAAAACCUUUGACCAUCGCUAAAACAAGGCUCUUGUAUCAUGAGUAGUUUGAUUAGUUGUACGGAUUUUGUAUAGAGCUAGAUCAUAGAAUCAGCUUGAAUAAGCGACACUGAGGAAGCUGUGUAUUUAAGUUCUGUAAAAUUAUCGUUCGUUAGAAUUUCAUUUUAAAACCGUUAAGGCAUUAAUGUUCACAUGUACGUAAAACUUAUUUAGAUACAAAUGAUGAACGUAAGUUAGAGAGA